ACUGCAGGCAACAUCAGGCGCGCGAUCAGAGUGUCCGUGAUAAACGUGUGAUGAACUAGUGGAGAUAGGAGCCGAGUGUCUCAUUGGUGGUUUCACCGUGGAGCCCAAUGGACUCAGCUGUGUCCGUAUAGAGGGACUUUUUCGGGACUAAUCCCCCAAAGGCUUGCCGCUUUGCUUUUUGCCUGUAUAUCCCGAGUGUAUACUGCGCGCUGCGACUCUGUGGAAAGCGCCUUCGCUCAGUUCCUUCGUGUUGAGGAUACGCUUCGCGCAUCUACCCAUGGACAAGACUCUCUCCAGUCUCAAGCAGCCUCCCAGCACCACGUAGCAUUUCCUUAAGGAACCCGUCCCGCAUCGGCUCCCAACAAACAUGGACUGUUUCCCCAUGAUUUAUUUUCUGUCGACAACAUGAUUCCUGGUAAUCGAAUGCUGAUGGUCAUUUUAUUAUGCCAAGUUGUACUGGGAGAGAGCAGCCAUGCUAGUCUAAUACCCGAGGAAGGGAAGAAAAAGGUGUUGGGCAAUCACCCGGGUCAGAGUCAUGAACUGCUGCGGGACUUUGAGGCCACGCUGCUGCACAUGUUCGGCCUGCAGAGGCGGCCGCGGCCCAGCCGCUCGGCAGUGGUGCCCCAGUAUCUCCUCGACCUCUAUAGGCUGCAGUCAGGGGAAGUGGAAGAGGCUGAAGCUCACGAUGUCAGCUUUGAGUACCCUGAGAAGUCCACUAGCCGAGCCAACACUGUAAGAGCGUUCCAUCAUGAAGAGCAUAUGGAGCAAGUGCCAUCGGACAGGCCGCACAGCAUCGAGCCUCCUCUGCGCUUCUUCUUUAACCUCAGCAGCAUCCCUGAGGAUGAGCUGCUUUCCACAGCAGAACUGCGGCUGUACAGGCAACAGAUCGAGGAUCCUGGUUUGGAGGCCCAGCAUGUGGAAAAUGGGGACCUCCAUAGGAUCAAUGUGUAUGAGGUGCUGAAGCCGCCACGGCCUGGGCAGCUAAUCACACGCCUCCUGGACACACGCCUUGUAAGGCACAACACCACCAGCUGGGAAAGCUUUGACGUGAGCCCAGCUGUGUUGCGUUGGACCCAGGAGCGACUGCCAAACUAUGGACUCGCUGUAGAGGUUCUGCAUCUGAACCAAACACCACGACACCAAGGCAAGCAUGUGCGCACCAGCCGCUCACUGCACCACACGUCAGAAGACUGGGACCAACUGCGUCCUUUGUUGGUCACUUUCGGCCACGAUGGAAAAGGCCACCCACUGACACGCAGGACCAAACGCAGCCCCAAGCAGCGAGGCCGUAAGCGCAACCGCAACUGCCGGCGACAUGCGCUGUAUGUGGACUUCAGCGAUGUAGGCUGGAACGACUGGAUAGUGGCACCACCGGGCUAUCAGGCUUACUAUUGCCACGGGGACUGCCCCUUCCCUCUAGCCGACCAUCUGAAUUCCACAAACCAUGCUAUUGUACAAACACUGGUCAAUUCGUUAAACAGCAAUAUUCCAAAGGCCUGCUGUGUGCCCACUGAGCUGAGUGCCAUCUCAAUGCUCUACCUUGAUGAGACUGACAGGGUAGUCUUGAAAAACUACCAGGAAAUGGUUGUGGAGGGCUGUGGCUGCCGCUAGCUGGGUUUUAGCAUUAAAAAAUACUAGCGCAAUGAAGGCAAGAUCUAAUGCCCCCAUUGUAUACCUAAAUAUUUUCACUUGGAUGCUUAUUUAUAAUGUUUAUGUUGAGAUGUUUGUUUGUCUCCUUUUUGUUUCCUUGACCAUAUGAUCAUAUAUUUUGACAAAAUAUAUAUAUUUAUAUCUACAUAUUAAAAAUAAAAGUGAGACCUUAUUUUAAACAUUAAGAAGAAGCUGUACAACUUUUCAUGGUGUAUAUUAUAUUGUAUAAGGGUUUAAAAUAGCUUUAAAAAAAAUUCACCAAAUGUAAAGUCUAUAUAUACUGAGAAUAUUUAUUUCUUUCAUACUAUAUACAUUUCCAAAAAAAAAAAAAAAGGAAAAAAAAAAAAGAAGAAGAGAGAAAUGUUUAACUUCCCAGCCCUGCUUCCUCUUUGAGCAGAUGAACAAAUGCAACAAAUGCAUCAUUUCUGUAUGGAAAUAGAGCACUGUGUGAAAUGAUCAACUGACUGAUUUGUGUGAUAAAUCAGUUGAAGAAAUCAUAAAUGUACUUUGAUUUAAAACACACACAAAAAAAUUCACAUUUUGCGCCAACUUUUAGGCAUGUGAUUUUUUUUUAGAUGUCCCAUUAAUGUGUUUUUAAAUAAAUUGUGAAAUGAAAAUAAAAAUAAUUAGCGGAUGAGCUCCAGACACGCCAGUAUCAUCAGCUUUCGUUUUAAAACCGCAUUUAGUUUUGCUUUCCUUUACGAAGAUGCAAUUAGAGUCGCUGAUUAAGUGCGACUCCAUUACUAAUUUGCCGACAUGGCGGCUACGGCGUGAUGGUUGCAGACGUGUGCUGAGACGCUGUCAGCUCUCUCUGUGAGGAAUCAAAGGUUAGACCGACUGUCUCCUGCUUUUGUCUCCGACAGCUCCUGCCGAAUGAAAAGAGACGCCUGUCGCCAACCUGUGGCCCCAAACUGACAAUAGACUUUCUGCAUCGCUUAUUUACAGUUGGACGGCUAUAAGGACUACAGGCCAUAUUAAGUGAUAAUGCCGAUGGCGGCGCUUUGAACUGGCGGAUAGUGGCGCGAGUGUAAAAUGGAGGCGGAGCUGAGCAUGCUUAGGGACAAUAAUGUCGGUACAACUAGUCAGUCAGAUGACCUGCGUGUCUUUUCAAAUAAAUUUAAUAACCUCUAGGUCAUGUUUUAUGCAGAUCCAGCACGAAGAAGAAGAAGAAACGAUCUAAACACGAACAUUAAAUGUAACCUGUCACUUGGCUUAUGGAGUCUUAUGAAUUUCUUAACAAAUUUUAGUUGUUUAUCCCUAGGGAUAUAAGUGGGCCGUUCAACACAAAGGCAAACACCUCCAGUUGUAAAUACAACGUCUACGGCAUUAGCAUAAACAGUUUACCUUCCUCACUGCUGGUGUUUCUUCAUAAAAUUUGCCUCGUUGAAGCAGUGCUUUGUCGCUUUAAAAUAUGAAAAAUUACAACCAACUUCUUUUGUGAUACGGAAAAAUAAAAAGCCUGUUCAUUUUUUUUUUUUCCAGGCCGAAAUGCAAGACAGGCAACAAAUUAUACAUCUGUUAUUUCUAGCUGGUAUUUUUAGUGUUAGCGGUUGUAACCAGGUUGUCUUCUACCUCGGGGCCAACAAAGACUGCACACCUCAGUAAAGCUCGAGUUUGGCCUGAGGUUGUUGCGUCGCUUUCCCUUUGAACCUUUCCCUAUCACACACACACACACACACACAGACUUGUCAGUGGACAGUGAGAAGGAAAAGAAUUUAAUUUUGAAGUGGCUGAGGGCAGAGGGGAAGACUCUAAAGCCAGCUGACAGAACAAUUACACACAUUUCAAAUGGUCUGCUGCAGUAAGAUAACAUCACCAAGCUAUGGUAAUUGUCAGCCACUUUAUUAUCCCACAGCGUCUUCACAAAAAGGCGCACAUUAGUCAAAUAUCUUGAGAAGACAGGAAGUGCUGAAACCUCAACAUUUAUGUAAGGUAAAUCAUGUAGGCAUAUGUUAUGUUACUACAUAAUGGGUUUUAAUUCAGACUGAAAGGAAAGCUCUAUAUCUCUCUGUCAUAUGUUCUCUCUCUUUCACUCUUCGCCUGGUGUUUGCGUGCCUAAACAUUCAACAGAAUGUGAAACUAGAAAGCUUUAUAAAGCUGGAUUUUGAAAAGAAGAUUUAGAGUGAUUAAAAUAUGAUUUUUAAUUAUUAUA